CCGCCCGCGGCCCGCGCGCCCCCGGCAUGAUCCGCGGCGCCUGGAUGUCCCCCCGCGGGGGCGCCGCCGGCGGGGCCGUGUGCUGCGCGCCGCGCCGCAGCGACAAGCCGGUGGCCGACCCCGAGCGGGCGCAGAAAUGGCGCCUGUCGCUCGCCUCGCUGCUCUUUUUCACCGUGCUCCUCUCCGACCAUCUGUGGCUCUGCGCCGGGGCCAAGCUGCGGGCGCGGGAGCGGCCGCGGGGCCGCGGGCCGCGGGCGCUGCUGGCGGCCGAGCCGGCGGCGGCGGCGGCGGCGGGCAGCUGCGAGGCCCUGCUGGGCAACCUGAGCCGCGGCCCCGGCGGGCCCUGCCCCGCCGCCCGCGGGGACCUGGACUCGGCGUGCGCCCGGCUGCUCGCCCCGCAGCGCCCGCGGGCCCCCGGCGCGCCCCUGCGCUCGCCCCCCGCCGCCGCCGCCGCCGCCGCCGCCGCCGCCGCCACCGCGCCCUUCUUCGCCUCGCCCUCCUCCAAAAGGACCUUCCUGCAGGCUUACUUCAGGAACUUCAACCUCUCCUUUUGUGAUACUUACACGAUCUGGGACCUGCUGCGGGAGAUGGCCGGCCCCGACGGGCUGGACUGCAGCCUGGACAACCUGAUGGUGGACCUGGUGGUGGCGGCGGCCGGGGCGCUGGACGGGGAGGCCUGUAGCAGCUGCGUCCAGGCGUACCAGCGGCUGGACCAACACGCUCAGGAAAAAUACGAGGAGUUCGACCUCUUGCUGGAGAAGUACUUGCAAUCGGAAGAGUACUCGGUCAGAUCCUGCCUGACGGACUGCAAGGCUGUCUACAAGGCGUGGCUGUGCUCCGAGUACUUCAACGUGACCCAGCAGCAGUGCCGGCAGCGGAUCCCAUGCAAGCAAUACUGCCUGGAGGUGCAGACCAGGUGCCCCUUCGUGUUACCGGACAAUGAUGAGCUGAUCUAUGGAGGUUUGCCUGGCUUCAUCUGUACGGGGCUGCUGGAGAACCAGCUGCCCGACGAGGAGGCCAAGUGCUGCGAGGUGCAAUGGGACUCCUGCGAGCACCCCACAGACAGCAACGAGGACACAUCCCCCAAAUCCACGGCGUCAGAGUCGCUCCAUUUCCACCGCCACGACCCCCACCUCCAUCACCAGAGGCAGAACCACUACCACCUCUACCACCACCACCACCACCAGUACCACCAGUACCACCAGCCUCGCUCCCCGUCCUUGCUGCCGGUCUCUGCGGGGUCUCGCCUCGGCAGCAGCAGGAUCAGACUGUGCGUGCUGGUCCUGAUGCUCCUCCACACCAUGGUGUCCUUCUCGAGCGUGCACGGCGGCGCCGGGGGGCUCGGCCUGGAGGCCCCACCCGCCCUGGAGGAGAGCGUGGCGCGGGACGAGUGACACAGAGGGCAGAGCCGACCUCCAAGGAGAACGCCAGAUCUUUUCCCAUAAGGGGGGCACAUGCUAUUCCUCCAAUGGGAGGCACGGGAUCGGGGGUGGCACACACGCACCCCCGCACAUCCCCCAAGAGCUGCUCGCGCGGGGCAUCCCCGUGGUGAAGAGUCUCUAACGCGCACAGGGCUGCGGGACCGGCGCCGGAAGGGUUCGGGCAGGGCCAGCAUUCCCGGCCCGCGGGUGCCGGGAGGGCAGGAACGGCACGGGGGCGGGGGACCGAGGGGAGGGGUCCCUGGGAAUCGAAGGGUGUCCCCAUGGGACUGCCGGGUGUCCCCCGGCCGCUGCCGCGAGUGCCUUGAGUGCCCGCGCCUCCCUUGCCCGCACCGUGCCGAGGUCUGACGGUCAGCCCAGCCCUCGUUCCUUUUCUCCUGGGUCUGAAUCCCGAGGGAGCAGGCGGAGGGGCAGCACCUCCCGGCACAGCCUGGCCCACUCCUGUCCCAGGGAAAAGCCACCGGGGCUCGGGGCAGAACACCCUGGUGGGGCGCGGUGUCCUCAGCGCGGCGCUGCCUCGCUGAUGGCUUUUGGGGACAGGAGUGGGACGCUGUGACACUGCACUGUGGUACCACUCGGGGUUGGUCUCACUGCAUCCCAGCCUGCUCCUCCAGCCUGGCCUUUCCUGCUCCUCUAUGCGAGGACAAGGAGAGGGAGGAGGCAUGGAGCAGGAGGGAUGUCCCCAGCAUUCCCACAUCCCACUUUGCAAAGUGUCCUGAUGAUUUGGUGUAACCUUUUUUGUUGUCCUCCCUGGCUGGUGGGACUGGUCUCAGUGAGGAGUUGAGGAGAUGUGAGUCCAGCAGCACACAGGCUGUGAGGGAGAGGGAUCCCACAUGGCAACAGUUGGAUGCAGGGAAUCCCAAAGGCAUCCUUCCAUGCUUCCCAGCUACAAAUCAUUGACUGGAUGGCAGGAGGACUGGGCAAACGGGCUGGAGAAAUCUGGCUUGGAGGGAGAGUCUCCCACACAAAGAGGCACUAAUAAAGCCCAGCUAGGGAGGAGCAUUUUUGUGAAUAGUUUCAAUCCAUGGAUGCCCCCAGAUCCGGAAAUUUCUGGGAGCCCAGCUGGACUUGGCUGGGCAAGGUGCUGGCUGGUGUAGCCUCAUUUGGCUCACUUGAGGUUGUUUUUUAACCUGAGCUCAGCAUAUCCAGGGAUUCAGCGCCAAGCAAACAUCAGAUCCCUAGGAUCUGAUCCCCAGGUCAUUUCCUAGGAAACUCCCAAUUCUCCACCCACCCACCAGAACUGUUCCCAGCAUGGACACUGCGAGGUGGUGCCUCCAGGCCAGGCACCAGGGGCUGUAAUUUGUCCUGGGUGUGGGCAGGGAAGGAAGAGAGGGUGUUUUAGCACAAGGUCACGAGUUGGGUGUGAAUCCAGUCCCUACUCCCAGAGGGGCUGGGAUGGUCCCUCUGUUCCCAGGCUGGCUCUUGACAGGAACCUACAGCAGAGCCCUGCAUGGUCCUACAGCAGGGUCACUGUAGGAGACAGGGGUAGAGCAGGAGGAAUGUCCUGCAUCCCAAAUGGAUCCCAGAUCCCUGUGAGGGUUCAAGAAGUCCCAGAGUUGAUGACGUGUAGGAGCUUUGUGGUUUCUGGUCUGUUGAGAUGAAGCAAAACCAAGCAGAGCCCCGUGAGCAGAGCCCCAUGAGCAAAGCUACUUCCUGCCCGGCUGGAAGAAGGAAGUACCAGGCAUCUCGUGGGAAGCACAUGUUUCCUGACAUUUCCAGCCCAUUUCCAGACCAAAGAGACUCUGAGAAGCAGCUGAAUGUUUGAUUCCUGCUUUGACUUGAAUCUCAGAGCUUUGGGGUGAUGUUUACACACCACCAGUUGCCUGUUCCCAAAGUCCUGCAGAGAUGAGGCCUGUGAUCCUGUUGUCCCAUGGUUUUUGGGGUGGUGCUCAUGGAAGAUGGAGAGUGUUUCCCAAGCAGAUUCCCUUGCUACUGCCACCCAAAAAGUAUGAUGUCUAUCAUUUGACUGUCCCUCGUGACAUCUGUAUAAUUUCAGCCUAGUUUACACCAAUCAGAGCAGUUGGGCAUGGAGCAGUUCUGCGAACCGGGAUCCAAUCCCUUGGUUUUCUGUGAGCAGUGAGUUGUGGAGCUGCUCUGACAAGGAGCAAAAGCUCCCAGGCAGGCCAGGGGAGGGAGCACAGCCCCGUCCCUGCCUCCAGACAGCCAGAUCAGAUCCCGAAGGAAAUUAGAUUUCUCCUGUACUGCCAAGAGUUAAGCUAAUUCCAGGCGCCUCUCUCGGAGAUAGACUGUGUCCAAUCUUGGAGCGACUCAUCGGGAGAGAGAAGAAUAGCCCAGUGUGGUGCGUCAGCAAGUGGCCCUGAGUCACUGGCCCUGCUCUUUGUGUCAUGUGUGACACUGAGCAGCGCUGGCAGGCGCAGGGUGGCCCGGCCCCAGUCCCUGCACCGCAUCCGGAUCGGGCACCACCCUGAGGGAUGUGCAUCCUUCUCCCUGCCCUGAAGCCCCUGUGUUCUACUGCUGAUGGAGCAUCAGCCAGGCUUGGGGGUGGUGAUGGAUGAUGUGGGAUUCCCAGAGAAGCUGCGGAAGUGUCCAAGGCCAGGUUGUACAGGGCUUGGAGCAACCUGGUCCAGUAGGAAGUGUCCCUGCCCAUGGCAGAGGGUGGAACAGAAUGGGCUUUAAGAUCCCUUCAACCUAAAUCAUUCCAUGAUUUCCACAGGGCUGCAGGAGUGAGAUCCAACAACCCAAGUCAUCUUCAUGAUGUGCUGGCAGGAAUUUCCUGGGAUAACCUGGGAGCUGUGAGAAACAGUUUCGCCUUCCCUAACACCAGCUGGAGGCUCGGGAGUUCAGGAGCAUGUGUUGAGUCCCAGUGAAUUGGGAAGUGGAGCCAGUUCAGAACCGGGCUGGUUUGGGUGGCUACUGAGGAGGUUUGAGCCUCAUCCACUGGGAGUGAAGAGGGCCCCAGGACAGGAGAUCCAUGUGUUUUCCAGGCCAUGGCCCCUGAGGGGCGUUCCCAAGAGGACGAGAUGCCAGAGAGAGCACACGGGAUGCAGAUCCAAUCUGGGAGCAUGGUAUGGACUUUACCUGCUACAAGGGGGAGGAAAGUGCUGCGUCUUCCCAGAGCAAGGCUUUGGAAGAUUUUUAGCGAGUCUAGGCUGCUGUCAGUAAGUUCUGUGGUUUUAGGGCACCAUAUGCUGCAUUCAACACUUUGCCAAUCUCCUUAAACAGAUCCAGACAAGGCUGUUCCCAGAGCAGGAGCAGCUGAAAGUGGUGUAUGGAACAGUCCAACAUCAGGAGCCCAUCGGAUAAAAUUCCUGCCUUUGGUCAUUACAAGGCAAUUCCUGCCUUUUGGACAUUACAACCUACUUAUCCUCCA